AUGACGUCGAAUCCAGCAAAUCUACAGCUCCAAGAUGAUCACAGCCAUGACAAGCCCUGGGCCAACCACCAGGAAUCACCUGAAACAGCCGACUGGACAGGCUCUCAGAAGAAGUCAGACCCGGCCGAGAUCCGGCUCGUGCGGAAGAUCGACUUCGUCAUGAUGCCGGUCCUCUGGAUCAUGUACUGGUUCAACUACCUCGAUCGAAACGCAAUCACUGUUGCCCGGCUGGACAAUCUUGAGGCCGAGCUGGGCCUAUCUUCGACGCAGUAUCAAACAUGCGUGUCGAUUUUGUUUGUUGGGUACAUCCUCGGGCAGGUCCCUAGCAACAUGCUCCUCACCCGCCUCCGGCCCUCCCUUUUCAUGUCCGGUGCAAUGUGCCUCUGGGCCGUUGUAAGCACUCUAACCGGCAUAACGCACGACUUCAAAGGCCUCCUCCUCACGCGCUUCUUCCUGGGCAUAACCGAAGCCCCCUUCUACCCAGGCGCCCUCUACAUGCUCUCAAUCUUCUACACGAAGAAAGAAAUCGCCACGCGCAUCUCCAUCCUCUUCACAGGCAAUAUCUGCGGCACCGCGUUCGCCGGCCUCAUCGCCAUCGGCGUCUUCCGCAUGUCCGGCAUCGCAGGCCUCUCAGGCUGGCGCUGGCUGUUCAUCCUGCAGGGAAUAAUCACAUUCGUGAUUUCCGUGAUCGGCGGGUUCAUAUUACCCGACGAGCCGCUGACUACGCGGUGGCUAACGCGUGCAGAGCGGGAACUUGCACAUGCGCGCAUGCAGAGGGAUACGGUGGAGUUGAGAGAGAAUACGCCCGUCUGGGCGGGCUUGAGGGAGGCAGCGUCGGAUCCCAGGCUGUGGGUUCUGACGGCGAUGCAGCAUUUCCAUAUGGCGGCGAGCAAUUAUAAGAAUUUUUUCCCGACGAUUGUUGAGACGUUGGGCUUUGACCAGAAUGUUACCCUCGCCUUGACUUGUCCGCCUUAUAUCAUUGCUGGGAUUAUUUCGAUUGCUUGGUCGAUUAGCUCUGGCCGCAUGAACGAACGCACAUGGCACAUCACGCUUGCAAAAGUCAUUGCGGUGAUGGGCUUCGUGCUCGCGACAUCAACACUCAACGUCGGGGCGCGGUAUUUCGCCAUGUGCGCUUUCGCAACGGGCGUCUACUGCUGCAACUCGAUCAUCCUGGGCUGGGUCGCGAGCACCUGCGGGCAAACGAAGGAGAAAAAGGCAUCGUCGAUUGCAAUUGUCAACACGGUAGCGGCGAUAUCGAUGAUAUAUACUGCGUAUCUCUGGCCAGACUCGGAUGCCCCCCGGUAUCCGAUUGCAAUGUCAACGAGUGCUGCGUUUUCGAUAAUCGCAGCGAUCCUGGCGUGGGUGUUGAGGGCGAUGCUUGUGCGGGAGAAUCGGAAGAUACGGCGGUCGGAUGACGAGCAUACGCUGUUUUAUGCGUAUUAG